UGUAAAGUUGUAAAGGAAGGACGAUGGGAGAGAGUCUUCUCUUUUACUUCCAAUUAAUUUCCAGCUAAUUAAGUUCGAUCAUUCUCUUCUCUUCGUAUAUAGUCUCAUCUUCACAAGAUUCAACAUCAACAGAGGCUUCCUCUUCCUGAUCAUAUUGUCAUCUCUCCAGUCUUGUCACCAACAAUGCAUUCGGGGAACCAGUGGGGAGGGUCCUUCGAUAUAAUAAACAGCAACAGCGGGGAGUCAGAACUGGAGGAUAGGAGCCGAAACAUGGAGUUGGACAGGGGAGCUCUGCAUCACCAUCAUCAUCUGGACGAGACCCAACAGAGCUGGCUUUUGGGGCCUCCGGAGAGCAACAAGAACAAGCACAUCGACUUUGGCUGCAUAGUCUGCAGCCGCAGGGCCUUGAAGUGGACUCUCUCUUCACUUGCCAUCGCCUUUCUCGUCAUUGCACUACCCAUCAUCAUCGUCAAGACCCUUCCCACACACAACCCUCGCCCUCCUCCUCCUGACAAGUACACUCUUGCCCUCCAAAAGGCUCUUCUCUUCUUCAAUGCCCAGAAAUCCGGGAGAUUGCCCAAAAGCAAUGGCAUCUACUGGAGAGGGAAUUCAGGGCUACAAGAUGGAAGUGAGUUAACAGACGUGAAGGGAGGGCUAGUGGGGGGAUUUUACGAUGCCGGAGACAACAGCAAGUUCCAUUUUCCCAUGUCAUAUGCCAUGACAAUGUUAAGCUGGAGCCUAAUUGAAUAUGGUCACAAAUACAAAUCCAUUCAAGAGUAUAACCACAUCAGAGAUCUUAUCAAAUGGGGCACCGAUUACUUGCUCUUAACUUUCAACAGUACUGCCAUCAAGAUUAACAAAAUCUAUGCUCAGGUUGGCGGAUCGCAUAAUGGUUCUACAAUACCAGAUGACCAUUACUGCUGGGAGAGACCAGAAGACAUGGACUAUAAGCGACCAGUUCAAACAAUAUAUUCAGGCCCUGACCUUGCCGGGGAAAUGGCGGCAGCAUUUGCGGCAGCUUCGAUAGUGUUUCAAGACAACACUGCUUACUCAAAGAAGCUCAUCAAGGCUGCUCAAACCGUCUUUGCCUUCGCCCGAGAUUCUGGAAAAAGAAGCAGAUACAGCGUGGGAAAUCCUUACAUUGAGCCUUACUACAAUUCCACGGGCUACUAUGAUGAGUACAUGUGGGGUGCUACCUGGCUCUACUAUGCCACAGGAGAAGCUAACUACAUUUUACUGGCAACAAAUCCUGGAAUGUCUAAGAACUCCAAGGCCUUUUACGGAAUUCCAGACUUAAGUGUGCCAAGUUGGGAUAACAAAUUACCCGCAGCGAUGCUCUUGCUGACACGGUUCCGGAUAUUCUUGAGUCCUGGCUACCCUUACGAGGAUAUGUUGCGGAUGUACCAUAAUGUGACAAGCCUCACGAUGUGCUCAUAUCUUCAAAGAUACAACGUAUUCAACUGGACUCGAGGUGGGAUGAUCCAACUGAAACCCGGAACUCCGCAACCUCUCCAAUAUGUGUCCACCGCAGCUUUCUUGGCUAAUCUCUUUGCUGAUUAUUUGAAUGCUACCGGCGUCCCAGGAUGGAACUGUGGGUCUGAGUUCAUUCAAUCGGAUGUCCUUAGGAGAUUUGCAACCUCCCAGAUUGACUACAUUUUGGGAAAGAACCCAAUGAAUAUGAGCUACGUGGUCGGAUACGGUACCAAGUUCCCCCGGCACGUGCAUCACCGCGGGGCAUCAAUACCCGAUGACAAGAAAAGGUACUCGUGCACAGGCGGAUGGAAAUGGAAAGACAGCCGUAACCCUAAUCCUAACAACAUAACAGGAGCCAUGGUCGGAGGGCCAGAUAAGUUUGACAGGUUCAAUGAUGUGCGGAACGAAUAUAACUACACUGAACCAAGUUUAGCUGCAAAUGCAGGGCUAGUUGCUGCACUUGCAUCCCUCACAAGCAGCGGUGGCCAUGGCAUUGAUAAGAACACCAUCUUUCAAGCAGUUCCACCACUUUAUCCACAGAACCCACCACCCCCACCACCAUGGAAACCUUGAAAUGCUAAGGCAACAAUCUACAUUACCACAUCUUUGUUUUAUCUCACUUUAGAAUCUCGUGUUUCUUAGGUCUUGUUCGUAUAACGUUUAUAUCGUCAUUCCUGUGUACACGGUGGGAUUGGAGCCAAUAAAUUAAACAAUAUAUAGGAAACAUGAUUGCUGAAAUGCUUUUGGCUGGAAAGUAAUGAAGAUCAUGGAUGGAAAUAGAACCAGAUUCUGCCUGGUUUCCUUUAUUUCA